GUCGUCUCACACAAUUCAUGAGAAUCCGAGUGAGUAGGCGACAGGGGGGAAAUUCGCUCACACGAUUAUGAAGAUCGACUAUCAACUCGUUUUACCGAGACAGGUUUUUCUGUAACACCAUCGCCGUUAAAUGUCAGUGAGUUGGCUCUUCCUAGCCAUGUCUAGAAUUAGGUGGUCCAAGCGUUCAAGACCAGGGGUAUUUCCAGGGCCAAGCGAGCCUCCCCAGGGUCAAGGCAUCCAUGUUUUCCUCUUCUGGACGAAGGAUGGGGAGAGAUAUUUGUCCCACACAAGCGGAGAGGUGACAGCCGAGGCGCUCUGCAUCUCAGCUGCUGAGGCUGUUGGGAUAACACCUUUGUGCCAUGUGUUGUUUGCUCUAUACAAUCCACUGUCACGCUGCUGGUACAGCCCAAACCACGUCUUCAGGCUGGAGGAAAACUCCAGCAUAGUACUUAACUACUGCAUGAGGUUUUACUUUCGGAAUUGGCACGGACUAAAUGAGAAGGAGCCAACUGUAUCCCGUUACCGUGUCAGAUCUGGCACUGAACAGGGGGGUUCCCCUCUGCUUGAGCUGACUUCCUUGGACUAUUUAUUCUCUCAGGCUAAAUAUGAAUUUGUGAAUGAAGUGGUACCGAUGGAAGGAGUUCAGUCAGAGGAGGAGCAAAGCCGCUUUAAAAAUGAGAGCUUGGGAAUGGCUGUGCUUCACCUCUCACACCAGGCAUUGCAAACAGGCUGUACCUUACAAGAAGUUGCCGAGAAAGUCAGCUUCCGACAGUGCAUUCCACGGUCUUUCGCCAAACUUAUUUCCAAAGACAACAUCCUGACUAAAAUCAGGAUCCAGCGGGUGUUCACAGAGUUUGUGCGGACCUUCCAGCAGCACACUGUGGAUCAGGGUCGACUGGGCACCCAGGAGAUCAUGUAUAAGUACAUCUCUACUCUUGAACAUUUGGCACCGAACUUUGGCACAGAGACCUUCCCUGUAUCCCACAUGGAACUGAGGGAGGACGGGGCUGGAAGUAGCUCUUACUCCAGCACCACCCAUGCGGAGGGUGUCUCAAAAGACAACUUCACAGCUCCUGCCACACAUGAAAUAAUGGUGUCUGGCACCAAGGGGAUUCAGUGGAGGAAAGUGUGUGGUCAGAAGGCGCAGGCAAACAGUUACCUCAGGAAUGACUACGUGAACUACAUGAGGAAAACAAAGCAGGAGUCCAUACAGCCAAGUGAGAACACUCGCAACAACUGGACCUCCUUCUGUGAUUUCCCUGAAAUAACUCACAUAGCCAUCAAUGGAGCUAAUGUGUGCAUUAGCACUCAGGACAAUAACUGCAUGGAGGUUCAGAUGAACACCAGCCAGGAGGCCCAUUCCUUCAUCUCCCUCCUGGAUGGAUACUACCGGCUGACUGCAGACGCCCACCACUAUCUUUGUCAUGAAGUGGCUCCCCCAAGGGUAGUGCUGAGUGAAGCAAAUGGACUGCAUGGGCCUAUGCAUGAUGAUUUUGUCCUGCUGAAGCUGAAAAAGGAGGCAGCAGAGGAGGGACCUUUCCUUGUACGUUGGAGUGCUCUUGACUAUCACCGCAUCAUCCUAGUUGUGCUGAACAAAAACGAGAACCAAUUUACGCCAAGCCACAAGCAGUUUCGGAUUCAGCACAAGAAUUCAGUGUUCUUUCUGGAGGGCUGGGACAAGGAAUUCUCCAGUGUGAAGGAGCUCACAGACAACCUCAAGAACUUUGUACUCAAGUCUGGAUCAGACAACUUUACUGUCAAAAAAUGCUGUUUGCCAAGACAGGCAGAGCUGUCUAACCUUCUGGUGAUGAGGCGAGGUGUCAAUCAACGUGUUCACACCAACUCCUUGCCCAUGAACAUGACCCAGCUACGCUUCCACCAGAUCAAGGAUGGGGAGAUUGUGCAGGAACAGCAUCUGGGUCAUGGGACUCGAACUAACAUCUACUCGGGCCGCCUCCUGCGGGGAAGAGGAGACAACUAUGAUGACGAGUACAACAACAACUUCAAUGACCGCAAAGGGAUCCGAGUGAUUCUCAAGAUUCUAGACCAAAGCCAUAAAGACGUUGCCCUAGCGUUUUUUGAAACCGCAAGUCUCAUGAGCCAGGUAUCCCACAGUCACCUGGUGUUUGUGCAUGGUGUGUCUGUCAAAGGAUCUGAAAACAUCAUGGUGGAAGAAUAUGUGGAGUUUGGGCCUUUGGAUGUUUUCCUUCGCAAAGAAAAGGCAUUGGUGACUGCUCAAUGGAAAUUUAUUGUUGCAAAACAACUUGCCAGUGCUCUGAGCUACCUUGAGACCAAACAGCUGGUUCACGGAAAUGUCUGUGCUAAGAACAUUCUGGUGGCGAGGCGAGGUCUGGACCAAGGUACUACUCCUUUUAUCAAGCUGAGUGACCCAGGAAUUGCCCUGAGUGUCCUUUCACGGGAAGAGCGUCUUGAGCGUAUCCCAUGGAUCGCCCCUGAGUGUGUUGACAGAGGUACAGCCACUGGCAAUGCUUCUGACCAGUGGGGCUUUGGUGUAACACUGCUCGAAAUCUGCAACAACGGCGACGUUCCCAUUAGUGGCAGCGAAUUAUCUAAGAAAGAGCUCUUUUAUCAGCAAAAGGGCCGCUUAGCUGAGCCAUCCUCCCAGGAGCUGUCCAAGUUGAUCAGCAUGUGUUUGACCUAUGAACCUUUUGAGAGGCCUUCAUUCCGCACUGUGCUCAGAAAGCUCACAGAAAUCAUGAUGACAAAUCCUGAUAUAUCUCCCAGUGAGACUUCCACUGACACAGACACUACCGUGUUCCAUAAACGCUACCUGAGGGAGGAGCGGGACUUAGGAGAGGGUCACUUUGGAAAGGUGACACUCUGCAGGUAUGACCAAUACAGCGAUGGGACUGGAGACCGUGUGGCAGUGAAGUCUCUGAAACAAGAGAAUGGUCAUGUGCCUGAUGGCUGGAUGAAGGAGAUUGAGAUCCUGAAGUCUCUUUCUCACAUUAACAUUGUCAAGUACAAGGGCUGUUGUACUGAAAUGGGAGGACAAGUGGUGCAGCUAAUAAUGGAGUACCUUCCUCUGGGGAGUCUGCGGGAUUACCUUCCCAGACUUAAACUGGGUAUGCCCCAGUGCCUCAUGUUUGCUCAGCAGAUCUGCCAGGGAAUGGAGUACUUACACUCAAAGCGAUACAUCCAUCGAGACCUAGCUGCCCGUAACGUCCUUGUGGAAAAUGAUAAUUUGGUGAAGAUUGGAGACUUUGGCCUGACGAAAUACAUUCCUGAAGGCGAAAUCUACUAUCGUGUCCGUGAGGAUGGGGACAGUCCUGUGUUCUGGUAUGCCAUUGAGUGCCUGAAGGAGAGUAAAUUUUCCUUUUCGUCUGACAUCUGGUCCUUUGGCAUUACAUUGUAUGAGAUCCUUACCCGCUGCAACCCCCGCCAAAGCCCUCCAACAAAGUUCUCCGAAAUGAUGGAGCCAACCCAAGGACAGAUGACUGUGAUGAUACUCAUAAAACUGUUGGAGAAACAGCAGCGAUUGCCUUGUCCUAAAGAAUGCCCACAUGAGGUGAAAAUGUUGAUGGAACAGUGUUGGGCUACAGAACCCGGAAAACGGCCCUCAUUCAUAUCCCUCAUCGAAAAGCUGGAGGUCAUUCGCCGAUCAUAUGACUGGCAGUCAAGUAUAAACUUUUCCCUGGCUCAGAUUUGCUGAUCAGAUCAGAAGAAGAAGAUCUACUUGACUGCAUGCCAUCACUAUGUCACUAUGGUAACCAUAUAUUACAGGGUAGUCAGUAAUGUGUUUCCUGCUGCCUCCAUUUAUGUAGAUGUCUUUAUAUGGUUCUUUUUUUUUUUUUUUACAAAAGCGCCCUGCUGUCCUCGCAUAUGUGAUACUAACAGAAUGAUAAACUCAGUCGUUGUGUGUUUAUUUCCUGGUUGGUGAGUUGAACUUCAUGGGGAGAGGUGAUAGCUUGGGCAGUCUGCCACCCAGUGUCAGCUUUUGUCUUUAAAAAGUUAUAGGUUUGCAUAUAUCACAGUAAGUAUUAAGAAUUCCUAUAAGGUAGGGAAAUUACUAUCUUUCGUUAUAUUUUUCAUUUGUGUAUAUUUUUGCGUGUAUGUUAACUUUGCAUUGCAUUUUGUAUAAACUGAAAGAACAAGUUCAAAAUCUAAUAAACCAUUUUCUCAUCCUUC